AUGGCUAAAGCUAACGCUGUUGGUAUUGAUCUUGGUACGACUUACUCGUGUGUGGGAGUCUUCAUGCACGGAAAGGUCGAAAUCAUCGCCAAUGAUCAAGGAAACCGUACUACCCCAUCUUAUGUUGCAUUCACCGACACAGAGCGUCUGAUCGGAGAUGCUGCGAAGAACCAGGUUGCGAUGAACCCACACAACACAGUCUUCGAUGCUAAACGUCUCAUUGGACGCAAAUUCGACGAUCCAGCAGUCCAAUCCGAUAUGAAGCACUGGCCUUUCAAGGUUGUUUCCGCCGAAGGAUCCAAGCCAAAGGUCCAGGUUGAGUACAAGGGAGAGACCAAGACCUUCACCCCAGAAGAGAUUUCCUCCAUGGUUCUCGUCAAGAUGAAGGAGACCGCUGAGGCUUUCCUCGGAAGCGCUGUCAAGGACGCCGUCGUCACCGUCCCAGCUUACUUCAACGAUUCUCAACGUCAGGCUACCAAGGAUGCCGGAGCCAUCGCUGGACUCAACGUCCUUCGUAUCAUCAACGAGCCAACUGCUGCCGCUAUCGCCUAUGGUCUUGACAAGAAGGGACAUGGAGAACGCAACGUCCUCAUUUUCGACCUUGGAGGUGGUACCUUCGAUGUCUCCAUCCUUACCAUCGAGGACGGAAUCUUCGAAGUUAAGUCGACUGCCGGAGAUACCCAUCUUGGAGGAGAAGACUUUGACAACCGCAUGGUCAACCACUUCGUAGCUGAAUUCAAGCGCAAGCACAAGAAGGAUCUUGCUUCCAACCCACGUGCCCUCCGUCGUCUUCGUACUGCUUGCGAGCGCGCAAAGAGAACUCUCUCUUCGUCAUCUCAGGCUUCCAUCGAAAUCGACUCUCUCUUCGAGGGAAUUGAUUUCUACACCAACAUCACCCGUGCUCGUUUCGAGGAGCUCUGCGCCGAUCUCUUCAGAUCCACCAUGGACCCAGUUGAGAAGUCUCUUCGUGACGCCAAGAUGGAUAAGAGCCAGGUUCACGACAUUGUUCUCGUUGGAGGAUCCACCCGUAUUCCAAAGGUCCAGAAGCUUCUUUCUGAUCUCUUCUCCGGAAAGGAACUCAACAAGUCUAUCAACCCUGAUGAGGCCGUCGCUUACGGAGCCGCCGUCCAGGCCGCUAUUCUCUCUGGAGACAAGUCUGAGGCUGUUCAGGAUCUUCUUCUUCUUGAUGUUGCCCCGCUUUCGCUCGGUAUUGAGACUGCUGGAGGUGUUAUGACUGCUCUUAUCAAGAGAAACACCACCAUCCCAACCAAGACUGCUCAGACCUUCACCACCUACUCUGAUAACCAGCCAGGUGUGUUGAUCCAGGUCUACGAAGGAGAGCGUGCCAUGACCAAGGACAACAACUUGCUUGGAAAGUUCGAGCUCUCUGGAAUCCCACCAGCGCCAAGAGGAGUUCCACAAAUUGAGGUCACCUUCGACAUUGAUGCCAACGGAAUCCUCAACGUCUCGGCUACUGAUAAGUCAACCGGAAAACAAAACAAGAUCACCAUCACCAACGACAAGGGACGUCUUUCUAAGGACGAGAUCGAGCGCAUGGUUAACGAAGCUGAGAAGUACAAGGCCGAUGAUGAAGCCCAGAAGGAACGUAUUGGAGCUAAGAACGGACUUGAGAGCUAUGCUUUCAACAUGAAGCAGACUCUUGAUGACGAGAAGCUCAAGGACAAGAUCUCGGCUGACGAUAGAAAGAAGAUCGAAGACAAGUGCGACGAGGUUCUCAGGUGGUUGGAUAGCAACCAGACUGCUGAGAAGGAUGAGUUCGAGCAUCAGCAGAAGGAACUCGAGUCGGUGUGCAACCCAAUCAUUACCAAGCUCUACUCGCAGGCCGGUGGUGCCCCAGGAGGUGCUGCUCCAGGAGGAGCCGGAUCAGCUGGAGGACCAACCAUCGAGGAGGUCGACUAA